UCUGGCGGCAGCCGAGGGGCUGGGAGCAGCGAGAAGGCUCGGCGCCGCUGGAGCAGACGCCGGUUCAGAGUCGGACGCCUGGCUCUGGCUACUUUGGAGGCCUCCCCGUGGACUUUCUCCAGCUAUGAAACCUACAUAGUGGGGCACCACGAUGCUUCUCCUGUUGGCCAUAUGAGGAUGAGGAGAAGCUGGCUUUGGAGCAACUGCUGAGCACUCGGUGCGCCCAGCCUGCCCACUGGAGAGCCCACAACACAAUGAACAAACUGACCUUCCAUAACAACAGAGUCAUGCAGGACCGGCGUAGCGUGUGCAUCUUCCUUCCCAAUGAUGAGUCCCUGAACAUCAUCAUAAACGUUAAAAUUCUCUGUCACCAGUUGCUGGUCCAGGUGUGUGACCUGCUCAGGUUAAAGGACUGUCACCUCUUUGGUCUCAGUGUUAUACAAAAUAAUGAACACGUAUAUAUGGAGUUGUCACAAAAGCUUUAUAAGUAUUGUCCAAAAGAAUGGAAAAAAGAGGCCAGCAAGGUACGACAAUACGAAGUCACUUGGGGCAUCGACCAGUUCGGGCCUCCCAUGAUCAUCCAUUUCCGGGUGCAGUACUAUGUGGAGAAUGGAAAACUGAUCAGUGACCGCAUAGCGCGGUAUUAUUACUACUGGCACCUGAGGAAACAAGUCCUGCACUCUCGGUGCGUGCUCAGAGAGGAGGCCUACUUCCUGCUGGCGGCCUUCGCGCUGCAGGCUGAUCUUGGGAACUUCAAAAGGAAUAAGCACCGUGAAAAGUACUUUGAGCCCGAGGCUUACUUCCCGGCAUGGGUUGUUUCCAAGAGGGGGAAGGAGUACAUCCUGAAGCACAUUCCGAACAUGCACAAAGACCAGUUUGCACUGACAGCCUCCGAGGCGCAUCUGAAAUACAUCAAAGAGGCCGUCCGACUGGACGACGUUGCCAUCCAUUACUACAGGCUGUACAAGGAUAAAAGGGAAGUUGAAGCUUCACUGGCCCUGGGGUUGACCAUGCGGGGAAUACAGAUUUUUCAGAAUCUAGAAGAAGAGAAGCAAUUGCUGUACGAUUUCCCCUGGACAAAUGUCGGGAAGUUGGUAUUUGUGGGCAAGAAGUUUGAGAUUUUGCCCGACGGCCUUCCCUCGGCCAGGAAGCUGGUCUACUACACAGGGUGUCCCACACGCUCCCGGCAUCUACUGCAGCUGCUGAGCAAUAGCCACCGCCUCUACAUGAACCUGCAGCCGGUCCUGCGCCACCUCCGCAAGCUGGAGGAGAACGAAGAGAAGAAGCAGUACCGGGAAUCCUACAUCAGUGACACCCUGGACCUUGACAUGGACCAGUUGGAAAAGCGGUCCCGUGCCAGCGGGAGCAGCGCUGGCAGCGCGAAGCAUAAGCGUCUGUCCCGCCACUCCACGGCCAGCCACAGCAGCUCCCACACCUCCGGCAUCGAAGCAGACACUAAGCCCCGCGACCCCGGGCCAGAAGACAGCUGUUCCGGCAGCGCCAUGCACCGCAAGCUGAAGACCUGCAGCUCCAUGACCAGCCAUGGCAGCUCCCACACCUCAGGAGUGGAGAGCGGUGGCAAAGAGCGCCUGGAAGAGGACUCUCAGGACGAUGAAAUAGAGAUGCUGGUCGAUGACCCCAGGGACCUGGAGCCAAUGACAGAAGAGUCACUGGAAGUCAGCCCCGACGUGUGCAUCUACAUCACAGAGGACAUGCUCCUGUCAAGGAAGCUGAACGGGCACUCGGGGUUAAUUGUGAAAGAAAUCAGCUCUUCCACCUCCAGCUCUUCAGAAACGGUUGUCAAGCUGCGUGGACAGAGCACCGACUCCCUUCCACAGACAAUAUGUCGGAAACCAAAGACUUCCACCGAUCGACACAGCCUGAGCCUCGAUGACAUCAGGCUGUACCAGAAAGACUUCCUGCGCAUCGCAGGCCUGUGUCAGGACACUGCACAGAGUUACACCUUCGGGUGUGGCCAUGGACUGGAGGAGGACGGUCUCUACUGCAACAGCUGCUUGGCUCAACAGUGCGUCAACAUCCAAGACACUUUCCCAGUCAAAAGAACCAGCAAAUACUUCUCCCUGGACCUCACUCACGAUGAGGUCCCGGAGUUCGUCGUAUAAGCCUCACUGCGGGCAGCUGCUGUCUGCUGGAGGCUGUGGAGUCCGAGGUCCUUCACAUAUUAUUUGUGCCAUAUUUUUUUCACCCCAAAUUUAGCUCUUUCUUUAUAAUAUCCACGAUGGAAACGAAAGCCUUGGGACAAUGCACUUUAAGUAUUAUGCAGAGGUAAAAGAUACACAGAAUGUAAAAGGCAGACAAGUGCCCGGAUGUUUAUUGACCCUUUGGGGGAAAGUGUGCUUUAGAGCUUGCCCAGCUUCCAGGCUUAGGCUGUGGUAUGUGUUCAUCCCUUGUUUUCUAGUUAUUCACAUGGAAGAUGUUAGGCUUAUCUGUUUGUUUGUGUAUUUUUUUUUAACCACUCCCUCAUGGAGCGCUUAUGUCUUGAGGGAGGACAGAUGGAAGUUCUCUCUUCUUUUACAGAGAGUCAUUCUUAGGUCUAUAGCCAUGGCUGCCUCACAGAGGCUGGCCCAAAAUGAACACCGACAGAGUGGUGGGAGUCUGGGGUUCUAGCCAAAGAUGCGUGUACAAUGGAAGUGCUACUCAGAGCCCUGGAGACGCAUGCUGGGACUCCUUCACACAGUGCCACGCCCACUGUGCUGGUCUUCCAGGAAGCUCUGGGAUUUGCUUGUGUCCGUGACAUGGUGCAUUUUGUGGAGUUUACAAAGCUGGUAUAUGUUAAAAAAAAAAAAAACAGUGGAAAUGUCUUAGAAAAAGUUUGUUUGGUGGUAUUUUCUUUGUUGUUUUUUUAAUAGUGGCAAUGCUAGUUUCUGCUUUAAAAAGAUACCCUAACUGUGUGUAUAUGUCACACAUGUGUAGACACAUGGAACUCUGUGUGUUUAUAUGUGUUUGAAGCCUAAUGACUCUUCAUUUGGAUUUCCCUGUAUGUCUUGCACACAUAGAAUCCCUUGUUUAAUGUUGAGGGUGCAUUAUGGAAAGAAUGGUAGCCACAGACAAUCAGUUGAUAAAUGUAGAGUUAAGAGUGACUUUCCUUGUGUGCCUUUGGCCAAGAUUCUCAACCCCGAUUGCAUCAUAAGACUUCCUCUGGGGAGCUUUUAAAACAAGCCUGGGUCCUACCCCAGGUCAAUUCAAAUCGGGCUCUUGUGGAUGGGGCCCGGGUGACACGGUCUUUUCUUGUAAAGUUUACCAGGCAGAAGUAAUGCACAGUAGGACUGGAGCCCACUGAUCCAAGAGAGUAUUUUUAUUAACUUUGAAAUAAAAGUAUACAGGGGAUAUUAGUGAUGGUGAGUGGGCCAUGUUUAAGAAGACGGUCACUGCCCUGCUACUGUUACAGUGUGUGGUAAGAGCAAGCCAGGGGACGAGUUUAGCAACUUGACAUGCAGUGAAAUGUUGCUCGCACUUCGGGAGAGGACUUCACAGCACAAUGUCUUUCUAGGGGGUGUUUUUAAUGGUUUAGUAUUUUGCAACAUUUGUUUACCAUAUUUUGAUACUCCAUUUUUGCUAUCUGCCAGGUUUUAUUAAAAAAUGUAUUAUUUUCUAAAGAAGCUCAUAUUUUUCUACAAAAUUAUGUUUUCAAGUAACGAAGAAAUAGACAUAGGGCACGGCAGAACUUAAGCAGUGCUCCCUGUGUGUGGGAGUCAGUGUUACAGCACCGGUGGCGGCCACGGGGCUGCCCCACCAUGCUGCCCUCCUGUGCAGGCACAGCUGCCGCAGAAUGUCACCCAGUAACUCUCACCGGACCCCUUAAAAAGAAGAACAGAAGAAAAAAGUUCUGUGGCCAUGACAUUAUUUUUGCUGUUGUCAAAUGCUUUUUAGAAGAACCAAAGUCUCAGAUACCAGAAUAUAUCUCAGUCUCCUUGCAGAAGGCUGGAAGUUGAAGGGAUGACUUAAUGACUUCUUUUGCUUAUGAGUCAUUACAUAAUCUCACCAUUUUUUCAUAGACGCUUAGGGGCCAGGCCCUGGUGGAGUUGGUCUUCUUGAGAGCCCCGGUCGCCGUGCCGUGUGUUCCCAUGGCCCUCAGCAGCGCUUGCAGAUACAAAGAUAAAAUAGUUAUUUAAUUGAACAGGUUGUACUCUGUAUUCUUUUUCCUCUCUGCUCCAGAAUCCAGUCUCCAGGGUUCUGCCGGGGUGUUGCUUUUCCUUCCCUCUCCUUUGGCUGGAUUUGGGAAAUAGCCUUACAGAUUUUUCAAAGAGGAAACCUGCUAGGGAACAUUUGUAAUUUUGUGGUCCAUGGUAGACUCGUACACAGGUAGCUAUGUGAAAACCCACUUUGAAUAAUUGGCAUUUUUGUAUUGGGAAAUUGUUUUUAAAAAUAAAAGAAAAGAAAACGACACAGCUGUUGUUGAUGCUGCAUUGGUUAACAUGUUGAUGACUGGUACAUAGACCAGGUCGGAACAUGUCACCGCUCCAUGUCACCGCGUUUGUAUUUGCCACAGUGAGCUUUAUAUCUCAGUAAGCUGUAAAUAAUCCUUUCUGUGAAAGGAUCACCAUGUUGGGAUGAUACUGAAAGUAUGUUAAAAAAAAAAACUCGCAUUAUUUUGUAAUUAUUUCUUAUAGGUGUUUCAUGGUGAGAUCGGAAGUCAAUAAAGUUAAC